AGGCCACUAGAAGACCAUCUCCCUGCCCCGUCCCAGCUGGCAUCAUGAUGAAGAAACCUGACCUGAAGGUGGUGCUUCUAGGGGACAUGAAUGUGGGCAAGACGUCCCUGCUGCACCGCUAUAUGGAGAAGAAGUUCCAGGACACAGUCAGCACGGUGGGGGGCGCCUUCUACCUCAAGCAGUGGGGCCCCUAUAACAUCUCCAUCUGGGAUACCGCAGGGAGGGAGCAGUUCCAUGGCUUGGGCUCUAUGUACUGCAGGUCGGCUUCUGCUAUCAUCUUCACCUAUGAUGUCUGUAAUGUGCAGAGUCUUAUGGAGCUGGAGGAUAGAUUCCUGGGCCUGACUGACACAGCCAGUGACGACUGCAUCUUUGCUGUAGUGGGCAACAAAGUUGACCUCAUUGAUGACUAUGAAGCAGAAAGAGAGGUUGAUGAUGAAAUGCCUCGUAAGGGUAGUGCAUCCAAGCUUCGCAAACAGGUUCAUACCGAAGAUGCUAUUGCUCUUUACAAAAGGAUCAUGAAGUAUAGAAUGGUGGAUGAAAUCCAUGCUCCUGCCGCAGACAAGAUGUGCUUUGAAACCAGCGCAAAAACUGGAUACAAUGUUGAUUACCUGUUUGAAAGUGUCUUUAACAUGGUUAUACCAUUACUUGUGAAGAAGAAAGCAAAUGGACCAGACGAAACAGUCAAUCUUGCACAGAACCAUCACGAGAAAAAGACUAAAAGUGGCUGCUGUUAACAGACAGGUUUCUUGCAUUUCUUCUAAGGUGAUGAUGAUGGUCUUUUCCAACUGGUUGGAGUAUGCAGUUAAUUUAAUUGACUAUACCAGUGAUUAUAUCUCAUCUCAUGUAAGAUACAUAUACUGCAGCAUUAAAGAGAACCUAUGGUCAACUGAUUAUCCACCUUUUUACAGACUCUUGAUAUUGUCUCCUGUUUCCAAGAUACAAGGGUUUAUAAUUUGUCUGAAAAUUCAGGGAAUCAGUCAGAUAAGCGGAACUUAAUUUUAAUAAUAGGAGUUAAAGGGGGUAUCCACCAUAAGGUAAUUUUAGUACGUACCUGGCAGGCAGUAAUGGACAUGCUUAGGAAGGAUCUGUGCUUGUCUUGCGGCUAAAUGGCUAUGUUGUGAGAUUACCAUAACACUGUGGCUAGCUUUUUGUGAACUGGUAUUUCCUGUUUUAGUUUUCUUUUGCCUACAAAUCCCAUAAUUCCAUUUUCCUCCCUCCCACACAUCAGCCACCCCACCCAUUGAAACAUAAAUGAGCUGCAUCCAUUCAAAAGACCUGUGGUUUUCAAUCAGGGUGCCUACAGCUGUUGCAUUAGUUGCAGAUUGAUCUCUCUCCCACCAAGCGAUAGCUCCACCCAUUGAAGCAGAAAGGCUCCCUGUUAUCAGCUGACUAGUGAGUCAGGUCUCGGCCGCAUUGCAUUUGUAUGCUGUUAAAAAUAAAUAUUGGGGUGCAAAUCACAGAAGAAUUAUGAGAAAAUAGGCACACACACAGAUACAGACACUAUAUUAUGAACUACACUAACUUUACAGCCCCUGUAGCAUAGUCAAAUAAAAUCAUGGAAUACCCCUUUAAUAUCAGGUAAUGGCUGGGAUUUUAACUGACUGUAUAAUCCCGCCAAUCACCUGAUAUUCUCUCUUAAUAUAAAAACAAAUUGUAUGCCCAUCUGACUAUUCCUAAUUGUCCAACUAUAAACCCACAUAUUUUGGGAACAGAAGGGCGUAUACGAAGAUAUUUCAAGGGAAUUUGGCAUUAGUGUCACCUGCACUAAACUUUUGGUACAGGGUGAUAGUGUUGGUGACACUGAUGAUACUUAUCCCCGAUCCAUUGCCCCGUUUGCCCGUUAUCCUCCUUAUCCGGCGUCAGGCUUGGUUCACAGGCUGUGCUUCAGGAGCACGCAGAUUUCACAGCUGCUGUUUCCUCACUUGACCCUGCUGUGAGCAGGCUUGAAGAAGCAGCAGCCCUGAUGUCAGUGUGCUCCUGGAGCACUGCCCAUGCACAAAUCCUGCCGCCCAAAUACGGAAGAUAACAGGUGGACGGCAAAGGGAUCGAGGAUAGGUAAGUAUUAUCAUCAGUUUCACCAACACCACAAGCCUGUAGUAACAGGUUAGUAUGGGUGACCCUAAUGACAGAUUCCCUUUUAAUGAUAGUAAAUCUCAAUGAUUUUUUUAUUAGCCACAUGUCCUCUUUAAAACUAGCAGCAUUUUGCACUAAAAACACCAAAUUGUAGUACCUUACUAAACAACUACCUAAUAGUCUUUCAGUUGAAUCUAUACACUUUUUUAAAGUAAUAAAGUGAUUCAUUUGUAGAACUCAAAAGUACUAAAGAUCAUUUCAUGGGUUCUGCUAUUUUACUGCUUAUGUUUAGGAACUCAAUCAUUUUUGUACAUUUAUUUAUACAAUUCUGUAAAUUUUCAAUUGCAUAAAACAUUUCAUAUGUAAUUCUUCCCCCUAAAGUUGAGUUCACAUCUGCAUCACAGAUUCUGUCAUAAAAGCCAGAAGAAAAAAAAGUGCAGCAUGCUGUACUUUUUUUUAUUUUUUCACAGUAAUGUGAGAAACUGUCUUUGCUGCCCAUAACAACCAAUAAGAGCUUGGCUUUCAAAUCUUAACGAGCUCUGCUAAAAUUUAAGCUCAUAUCUGGUUGUGAUGGGCAACACAGACUUUUACUCUUACAGCUUUUAAUUAUCAAUGGAAACCCAACAAACUUCAUAAUAGUCAAGAACUCUGUUGAGCACUGCUGGGUUCCAUCAUAUGACUGACAUGGCACCAGCGCAGAUGUGAACAUAGCCUUAUUCUGACUUAAUUCAGGACUAACUAAUUUUGUGUCUUAACAUAAUACUUUUGUAAAUGAAUUGUCACUAUCCAGAAAAUGUAUGUCCCUUUAUGAUCGUUCAAAAAUGAUACAUGUAUCAUGACUGUUUUUUUUUUUAUUUUUUUUUUUGUACAUUAUGAAUGUAUAUACAUAAGGGGUGAAUAAUUGUAUAGUGGGGGUGGGGUGUAAUUUAUCACCAUCAAUAUUGAUGUGAUUUGUGACUAACCUGUAUCAAUGACUGACCUAAUAUUAAAUUGAAAACUUUUCUUAAUUUCUUUUAUUUUUAUUG